AUCAUGCCAAAUGCCAAGUUGUCAUAACGCUGGUCGACGUGAACAUUUCAGUCUUGGGGAGCUCCCACUGGAGCAACUUUCUCAAAAUGGCGGACAUGGGGUUUGGGUCCAUUUAUCUUGGGAUAUUUUUGUCCGUUGGAAUUCUUAGUCAGGUCUCUAUAGGCGCAGUAGUACAAGAAGUUCGCGUAGUCCCAUCUCAAGGUCAAACCCCCGGCGGCCAGCAGUAUGCUCCCCCGAGCGGCCACUAUCCCCAAGCUCAACACGCCUACUCUGGGGGAUACCCCGCUGAAGCCCAUCCCUCGUACGGCACGCCUGGGGUAAAUGAACAGUACUCUGGUGCAGUAGCACAGGGCUCGUACCCCACCAUAUCAUACCCCCAGCAAGGAGCGGAGCCCCAGGCUGCAGGGUUCACCCCCCAUACUGCAGGACAGCUGACUCCUGGGCAGUCCCCAGGGGAGGCGGCUUACACUGAUCCUUUCGCAGCUCCGGCCCAAAGUGCCUACCCUCAGGGCGGUCAGCCUUACCCAGGACCAGAUUCUUCUGCUUCUGCGCAGCCUGCAUAUCCCGGUUCUGCAUCUGCUAGUUAUCCUCAAGGUCAGCAGCCGGCACCUCAGUACCAGUACCCAUCUCAGCAGUACCCUGGCGCAGCGACUCAGUAUGCUCAGGGUCAAUACCCACCCCAGGGAUCCCCAUUUCAAGCUCCCUCUGCUUUCAUGGCUCCUGCGGGUUACCCUGGUUACCCGGAUCACGGUUAUCCUCAAACUCCUGCAGCUGCAACUGCAGCAGCAGCGGCAGCGGCGGCGGCAGCAGCAGCAGCAGCUGUCCAAUCUCAGAAUCAGACAGCGCACACUGACCAAGCAUGGCCGGGAGCCAGUUUUCAAGGCGCACCUGCACCUGCUCCUGCGCCCAGUCAGGCUCAACCAGCACCUACUGACGUUCAGGCUCAAUCAGCUGCUGCUGCUACUAGCACCUUCACUGGACCAGCAGGUGCUGCUGACGCCGGUGCAGCUGCAACUGCUGUUGCUGACACUCCUGCUCAGGGAGCUGACGUCCCCGCUCCGGCCAAAACCCCGUCUGUUGCGACUCAAACAGCCGAAUACCCUGGCAGCAACGCCAUCCAAAAUCAAGCAGGUAGCUUCUUAUCACAAGGCACGAAUCCAGCCCAGUAUAAGUACCCGGACAGAAAGCCACUUACAGGUGCCCCUGGCUUCCCAACGGCUGUAGCUGAUGCUCAGGCUAAAGCAGCAUCCGGGGCACCCGCAUAUCCCCCGCAGCUCCACAAACUAGCCCCGGGGCUCAAUACGCUCCCCCGCCCUACUCUUUACCCCAGUCAGGCAAGGCCCCAAAUUCCGUUUCCCACGGCUACCCCCACAGAGGGUACCCGUACCCAGGACCAUAUGGCCAUGCCCCUCCGCCAUACGGAAUGCAUCCAUACCAUCCGGGCAUGGGCCCCGCCCCCUAUCCUGGUUACCAUGGAAUGCCUUACCAUGGGGGCCACCACCCUCCACCCCACGCAGGACAGGCACCACCCCACGGGCCAAGGGGUGUUCCCCACCCUCCAAAUCACAUGGGUCACCCCAUUCGUCCUCUCCCCAUCACAACAACACCCAUACCAGAAACCACCCUGGGAGCCACGCUAUUCCCCCCGGAGCUGCGGUGUUACAUGCAGAGUGAGUGUGAGCUGGGAUGUUGUUACGCUGAAGAUGGCUCCAUCCUCUGGGACCACCAAAACCAUUACGGGAAACAUGGAUACUGCUACCAGAAGACGACAACUAUACCAGGUGAAGGAUGUCAUCCAGCAUUGUGCCCUUGUGAAACUGGGCAGAAAUGUACGAGUGUUCCUUCUGAGAAUGCGACCAUUCCUACUGGUGCGGGCGAGGCAGCUGAAGGAGCGUACUUCGGCAACCCAAAGUGCUACAACCACGACCAACAGCUACAGAUACGGGAUUGGCUCAAGAAACUAGAGAGAAUCGUGCGAGCAUGUCGGAUGGAUUACUUGUGCCCGCUCAGGCCAGCUCACUGAAAAUCAACAUUUGGAGCUCGGUGUAGGAUCUACAUCAUUACAUAAAGACGGUUUAAUAUUUAUUUUUCAAAUUCAUGUCUUAUAUCGUCUGAAACUGAUGUAAGCAUGUAUUAAAAAUAUUUCUAGUGAUAAGGAAAGUGGAUUGGGGGUAAGCUUUGAAAACUUCUGGGUUCUUAAAUGACUGUUUAACUGAUGAUAUAUUUCGAGCAUUUGUUUCGAGACGUGCCAAAGGAUUGUCAUACCGUCUGGAGUAUCCAUUUAACAGAAUAGCGUUGUUCUUCAUUCUGUGAAUGAUACCGCCGUAUGAUAUGCUGCAUGAGAUGCUACAGUGACUUGAUGUAGGUUAUAUAAGGGAGAAAAUAAAUAAAACAUUUGUACAA